AUGAGCUCCUUUGCGGCAAAGCGGAAAGCCCGCGUUAUUCAGACGUUCGACGACGACGGAAACGACCCAAACCCACAAUCCACCACUAGCGACGAGGGGCAAAGCGACCGUAAGUUGUCUGCUACUAUUUCGGCACAAGCCCUCCUCAAUGGCCCUCCGUUGCUGAUUCCGUCUCCACAAAAGAGCGAGCAAGCUGAUGCGCUGCCGGCAGAAUCAGCGCCCAUAGGGCGGAUCAGGUUUGGCCGCAACAAACCGGCCAAGUCAUCAGCUCUACGCAAGAGCAUUCACAUCAAUGACGAGCUAGAAGACGACCCAACUUCCGCGCCCGCCACAUCAAGACGCGACAAUGGAGAAGAUCGCGGCGAUGAGAAUGAAUCCGGAGCUCCAGUUGUCGUUCGGCCGACUUUCGGCCGCGCCGGCUCCUCGAAGGUGAAGAAGCGACCUGGGUCCACUCGACUUUCCUUUGGACCUGGCACGGCCACUACCGACGCAAACGAAGAUAAUGAGGACUCGGCCGGGGGAGGGGUCGUCAAGCCGUUUACGCCAAAGAAGCCCCUGGGCCAAAGGAUACUGGGCAGCAAUGCGCUUCGCAAGUCGGCCUCCCUGCAGAACUUGGCUGGGGACCUUCCCAUGCGUUUCGGCGCGGAGGAGGAAGCGCCAAAAUACAGCAAGGAAUACCUCGAGGAGCUGCAAAGCUCAACACCGAACACACCGCAGAACCUAGCUUCUCUCCAGAUCCGCGACGAAGACGAAAUGGAACUGGACCAGGCCGAAUUGGAAGGUGCCCUAGUCGUGCAGUCCACCGAGGUCGCCCUUCCACCAGCUCGCCAGGGCGCGCCGGCCAGCAUCCUCACCGAAACCGAGAUUCGGGAACGCAAAGAACGCAGAGCCCGUCUUGCCAAAGAAGCCGACUUUAUUUCGUUUGACGACAAUGGAUCCGAAAACGAUGAGGAACAAAGAGGAGGCGACCGAGGCGAGGGACGCCUGACGGUCAAUUUUCCCACCAAGAAAAAAGAAACUCGGCUCAUCGCCGAAGACGAAGAUCUAGGUGAAGGGUAUGACGAGUUUGUUUCCGACGGCCAGCUAGCCCUGGGCAAAAGAGCUGAACGCGACGCCGUCAAACGCCACCGGAAGGAAAUGGCAGAUCUAAUUCAAGCUGCUGAAGACGGGUCGGACGCCGAGAGCGAUGACAGCGAAGCCGAACGGCGGGCAGCAUAUGAGGCCGCACAACGGCGCGCGGGGAUGGACGGGUUACACCGGCCGGAUGAAGAUUUAGACGCAAAUGGGUCCAGCUUUGGGGCGGAUGGAAUUGUCAUCCCCCGGAUGAAGCCGCUUCCCAAGCUCAAGGAAGUCAUGCAGCGUAUGCGCGAGAAUGUGCAGGGGCUUGAGGAUGAAGUCAACCGGAAACAGACACGAAUUCAGGGUCUGGAGAAGGAAAAGGAGGAGAUUUUGGCGCGAGAGAAGGAGGUGCAAGAGAUUCUGAACCAGGCCGGAGCCAAGUACCAGGCUGCCGUUGCGAGCGCGGGUGGUGGGCAUAUGGGCGAUGUCGCGAAGGUGGCCAUGACCACAACGACAGCCGCAGCCGCAGCUCCGGGGAAUACACAGUCACCGCUGCCGGGUUUACCGCCAGGCCUGGCUGGGCAUUUACCGGUCGAGCGGGGGUUGGAGAGUUUCGGGGCGACACCGACGCGUAGAGAGGAUACAGAGGAGAUGGCGUAA